AUGUCUCAGUUCCCAGAGACGAGGAAAGUGCUAGGGAACUCUGCCAUUGCACCAGUUUCUUCCCUGUGUGGGUUGGGUAAGUUAUCAUCAGGUGAGUCGGCUAUUCGAUGGCAGAAGAUGCUGGACUUUGAUAACUCAAACUGUGAUUGGCGGGAGUGGCAUCCCUGGCAAAUCCACAAGGGAUACCAUUGGAACAAGACCUUUUCAGGAGAACUUGUGACCCAUUUGAUGCCUAUGCUGGUAAAGUCAACUAAGGGUGUAUUGUUGCUUAAUUGGUCUGAGGGACUAAGAGAAGGGCACCCCUCCCCGCGCGAGAUUGGGCAGUAUGACUCUCUUGGAGGGAGAACUAUGAAAUAG